GCUGCGCGCGGGGCCGCCGCUCCCGUGACGUUGCGGCUCCCAACUCGCCGCAUCUUGCUGGCUGCGCCUCCGACCUCUCAAGCGCGCCCAUUUGGCCGAGGCGGAAGGCGAACCCCUGGACCGAGCCCUUCUCGUCACCUUUCGCUCCGAGCCGCGGCUCUGGACUUUUGGCCGAGGAGAGGCUUCCCCGAGGGACCGGAGGGAAGGACGCAUGCCCGGAGUUUGCCGCGGAGGGCAGGCGCCUUGCCAUGAGAAGAGCUUCCCUGCUCUUGAGAGGAAGCGAGGCGGCCCGGUGAAUAUGGUCAGUCAUGUCGUGGCUGGCUUGCUGGCUGGAUGAGCUCCAGCGCUUCUCGCUGCUCUCCUUGUUUACAGCCGCUUUGGCCGUCCUGAGCGUCUACCUGGUGCAAUAUGGCCUGAGCCUCCUGCGGCAAGGCGGUGGGAAGCCGCCUCCUCCCCGUCCGUCGCGCCCGGGACUCCUGCCAGAGGACGAGGGGGGCUCCCUUUUCACCUGGCUGCUGUCCCUCAACAGCUGGAGGAGCGAAUGGCACAAAGCUUGGAUCGCAGCGCUGAACAAGGAAGCCGGAUUGCGGGAGAACACCUGCUUAUUUACAUUUGAUGAAGAUGCAGCUCAUCAGAAUCAAGAGCUUGCAGUACAAGGAAUUAUAAAUGUAGUAAAAUCUGCUGAAGAAAACGUGGUUUCCUGUAAUGUAAUUGGAAAUUCCUUCCAUUUUCUUGUCAGUGUAUCCCAAACUGCACCUCUUACUGGAGAAUGUCAGUCUUACAGUGUAAAACUAUCUCCACUUCAUUUGCAGCUGAAACUUUCAACAAAAUCCGAAGCGGAAGACAUCCAGAUUAAGUGGUCUUUCAUCUAUUCCUCUGAAACAAAUAUGGAAGUCAAACCUACUAAUGUGCAAAAAGAUCAGACUCUUGGGAUAUGCACUGCAUUAGAAACAUUUAAAAGUGUGUUGCAGAAUCUUAUCAGUUGCACAUCACCUGUUAUGAUUCUGAGUACAAGAUCUACUGAUAUAAAAGGAAUACAGAAUGCACAGUAUACUGGGGCCAUUCCACAGGGUGCUAGUCCUCCUAAGCCUCCAAGGGCUCAUGAACUAAAAUUGCUCAUGAAAAACAUCAAAGCAACACUCACCAAUCACAACACUGCAGGUAUCAUUAACCCCAUUUGUAUAGUUCAACUCAAUGACCCUUUGCAGAAAUUUUGUAGCUCUUUUGCCAAUUUUCCCAUGGACCUUUCUUGGAAAGAGGAAUUUAUUUUUGAAUUAAAUGCCAAAUCAAAAGUGCUGCAAAUCAACAUUACAGAAAAUGGGGAGUUGGAUGGUGAUUCUUCCAUUUCUGCUAGUGUUCCUUUGGAUUUAUUCAGGAAACAGCCUUCUGGACUGCAAAGUUUUGAACUGAACAGCCAAAUCAGCAAUAAUAGCUCUGCAGUAGGAUCUGUGUCUGCAGAGUUUUUGUACAUAGAACCAUCAGAAACCAAAUCACAGCAAGUUCCUGCCAAACUUCCUGUUGCAAAAGUAGAAAAGGAUCGAACUGUGAUGCCUUGUGGGACUGUGGUCACUACUGUAACUGCUGUGAAAGCCAAGACUUUGGUGGAAGGGAGAUCAUCUGUUCCGCAUUCAGUUUCCCCAGUGCAAAGUCCUGCUAAACUGAAAGGGAUUGAAAAGGAUUUAUCCAUUCAAGCAAUCCAUUGUCCGAAUGUUUCAGUAAGCAAGGCUUUAUCUUCCUCAGAUACUGAGUUACUGGUGUUGAAUGGCACAGAUCCUGUGGCUGAAGUAGCCAUUCAACAGCUCAGUGAAUCUGCAAAGCAAAAGCUCAAAUCUCCCAGAAAAAAAAGCACCAUCGUAAUAUCAGGGAUUUCAAAGACUAAUUUAUCUCAGGACAGCAAAACUGCACUCAUGAUGGACUAUGCAGCAGCCAUGGAUGGCUCCUGUAAACAAGAUGAUACUUUUAGUUUUGAAGGGUGUCUUGCACAAUCCCCUUCAGAUGAAAAAGUAUCGCUAGCUGCCUCCCAAAUGACAUCUGCCCUUGAAGAACCCCAGGAACACAGCCAUGGUGCCUGGACCUUAGACAGUCACCAUCAAUGGAGCAACAAUGCACUACUAGACCAAGACUGUGAUAAGAUAUCAGGGAGCUCUGUAAGCAUCUCAGAAUCUGAAAUUGGGAAGAAAUCCAAAGGUGGAAUAUUAAAAAAGAGUGCAAAGUUAUUUUUUCUUCGAAGACACCAUAAAAAAGACGCAGGAAUGAGCCAAUCACAUAAUGAUCUCUCCUACCUACAGCAACCCAGAUCUGAUGGUACUCAAAAGAAAGGAGGAACCUUAACACGAAUUCUAAACAAGAAAACAAUUUUUAAGAGCAAAACCAAACUGAAUGGCUCAUCAGUUGGACCACAUGCAUAAAUUCUAGAACCUGCCAAAUUGUAUCAGCUGCACGUGACUAAUUGUUUACAGAAAAGUGAACUACCAUAUCCUUUAUGAGGUUCACUAGCAAAGUGGUUAAUGGAAGAUUAGCAAAGCAUAGCUAGGAAUGAUUGGAGUUAGAACUAUGGUUACUAAACUGUAGAGAAUAACUCAUAUUUAGUUGGAAAUUAAGCUAAUUUAAUUCAGUAGGCCUUAGUCUAAAAUAUAAUUUCUAGAAAUUAGGUUUAAAAUGCAUUUUUGCUUGAAAUUCAAGUAUAGCUGAGAGUUACAAUGAAAAACUAUUGCAUUAAUACAUAUCUGUAGUGGUUGCAUUUUUAAAGAGCCACAAUGCAAAUUUUAAAUGAGCUAUUGUGCCUGUGGGAAAAUGGAAAAAAUGAAAAUGAAAAAAAAUGUGAUAAAGGUUGAAUGAUUUAAGAAAAUUGUAGGAGAGUUCUGUAUUACUUUAUGAGAUCCAAAAAUCAUAUGGAGUCUGGAUUUACCUUUGCAGACUAAUGCAUAUUAGUAAUAUGCAUAAGCUUUCAUGAACUUGAUAAAGGCUGAUGAAAUAAACUGCAGCUCAUGAAAGUGUAUACCUUUUAAUGAAAUCUGAAAAUAUGCUACCAUAUUCCUUCAAAUUUAUGAUCUGGGAAAUAUUUUACCGUGCAGCUGUAUGUUUGUGCACACGUGUGUGCAUGCACUUGUGUGUAUGUGUAUAGGAACAAUUCUUGUUGUAUGCAUUGGAACUUAAUCUCAGAUAAAAAUGCAUAACAUUUCAGCCUUAACAUGUUUCUGGAGAUAAAAUAAAGUAUGGAAUUUGGAAAUCUGAUACAGUAGUUAUUAAACAUAUGUAAAACUGUAUUGCUUUUGAUAGAUGCUAGUAAUACAAACUGGUAAUUUAUAUAAUUAUUAAUUAGGAAUCUAUUUUUUUUGUUCUGUAGAUAUCCUUUUAGUCUAAGAUAAGAAACCACAGCUUAUUGAAGUUUACUUUUCUUACUUCCACAAUACUUAGAAACAACAUUGCCAAUAUUGCAAUGUGCCUUGGAAAUCCUAAAAUAUAGUAAUAAUUUAAUGGCAGCAUACUGACAUGUUCACUCUUUUUAAGCAUAGAGCAUGUUCACUCUUUUUAAGUUUCAGCUGUUAUGUUUCUGUUUUGACACAGCUUGCUUAUUUGAAAAGAUAUGGGGGAUGGGUUCCCCAUUUCUUUAUAUUGGAUAUUAUAACUUGUUCAUUAAAAAAAAUAAAUUUCUUAGUGAUUCUGCCUAUCUUACCAAACAUUAUGUAUUCUGACUCAGUAGGGAUUUGCUGUGGAAUAUAUGGCUUGAUUGUAGAUCCUAGAAUCAAGUUCUAUUACAUUUGUUCAGGGUAAAUCUGGUGCCAGUUCCAUCGCUGUAAUUUAAAUCAAUAAACGAAAAAAAUUCAUUGAAAUAAGGCUGUUCCUCCUGUAGAUCAAUGAUUUGCAUAAACUGCAAUAAUGAUGUUAAAAAUACAGCCUAAUGAAGUCCAACAUACAAAACAUUAUUGAAAUGAAACAGCAAUUUCUGGAAAGUUGUGGAAAUUCCCAUUUUUGUAAUGGUGAUAUAUUACAGACUAACUGCUACGGGGUUAUUUAUAUGAAAUACUUUAUUUCUAUAGUAAGUGCAGAUAGUCCUUGCUUAUCAACCCUAACUGGGACCAGAAUUUUCAUUCAGUGUCAUCAUAACUUCAGUCACUGAAUAAAUGGUUUUAAGCAAGGACUACCUAUGCUAUGAUUACCUUAGACACAUAUCUUUGGAUGUAAAUUUGCUUCCAUGUACCUGGAGUUAGAAUUGGUUUGCAUGACAUUCCGUCUUGUCUUUUUAAAAAAUUGUAUAGCUUUAUGUUGGCACAUAAGCAGACUGAAAUGCCAAAUUAAAAACAAGAGGACUUGUUCUGUAACUCUUACAAAUACUUGAACUCUUUUAAAACUGUUAUUUGAAUGACUCAAAAUUAUGUUGCUGGAUUUUAAAGAAAAGUACCAAAGGUA